AUGGCUAACAUCGACAAUCACGGCCCGACCGAGACCGACCCGAUUGAUUAUACGAGUGCGCUCUACCGUGACCCUCUUACGGAGGUUCAGGAGCCCGCGCGGUCACUGCUGCAGGAUUGGAGUGGCAUUCCCGCGGGGAAAAUUGCUCAGCAUGUUAACGACCUGAUCCUUGAGAGGGUGAAAAAUGGGGACCAGUUCCUGGACUUGGGUUGUUGUUUUGCGCAAGAGGUCCGCUUGCUGGUCGCAGCUGGCGCCCCGCCACAGAAUGUCUUCGGCGCGGACUUGGCUCCCGACUUUAUCAAUCAGGGCUACGAGCUGUUCCUGGAUAAGGAGAAGCUUCACACGCGAUUCAUUACGUCCGAUAUCUUUAAUUCCGAAUCGCCUCUCGCAAAAGAGUUCACAGGCCGUUUGAACAUCAUCCAUGCAAGCAACUUCUUCCACCAGUGGGGGUGGGCACAGCAAAUAGAAGCCGGAAAGCAGGUUAUCAAAUUACUUGCUGGUACGUCUGGAUCGAUGAUUAUUGGUAGUCAAGUUGGCUCAAAGCGGGCUCGGGAAAUCAAGUUCCCUGCUCUGAAUAUAAGUGCUUUCUUGCACAGCAUGCGGACUUUUAAGAUGCUAUGGGAGAAGGUGGCUCAAUGCAUAGGUAUUAAGCUUGAAUUCAACGCCAGCGAGAAUCGAUUUUUGGACCAUGAGAAGUAUGGGUGGUCCGAAGAGAUGGAAUCAGUUCGGAUCAUCUUCACGGUCAGGGUUAUUUAG